AAACAGGUGAGCGUGAUGAGUAUGAACCUGUCGGCGAAACUGGAUGAGUUACAGCAUCGAGGCGACCGUCAUUUGGAGACCACGGUCGCGCUCUGCGAGAUCCGGACGCAACUCCAGGAAUUGACCCGCUCCGUAGAGUCGUGCCAGUCGGAGGUUUCUGAAGUGAAACGCGACAUGGUCGCCAUCAAACACGAACUCGACACCGUACAGCAGGUCAAGGAGGAGAUCGAGGAGUUGCGGGAAUAUGUCGACCGACUCGAAGAGCACACGCAUCGCAGAAAACUCCGGUUGCUCGAGCAGGGUCUUACGUUCUUCCUAUCGUAUGCAAUUUUUGCUGCGGUUUUGGGCAUGUUCCAGUUUGGCUAUAACACGGGCGUCACCAAUGCACCAGAGAAAACAAUAGAAAACUGGAUGAAGGACGUGUACAAAGCACGCUACGAUGAAGAUCUCAGUGACGAAUCGGCCGAGCGGAUUUAUUCGUUCGCGGUUUCUGUUUUCGCUAUCGGCGGUAUGCUCGGUGGUUUCGUAGGCGGUAUGGUCGCUAACAGGUUUGGCAGAAAAGGAGGUCUCUUGCUCAACAACAUAUUAGGUGUAGGUGGAUCGUGUUUGAUGGGCUUUACGAAAAUAGCCUCGUCAUAUGAAAUGCUCAUCAUAGGAAGAUUCAUUUUAGGAGUCAAUUGCGGGCUCAAUACGUCUUUAGUCCCUAUGUACAUUUCGGAAAUAGCGCCUUUAAACCUGCGCGGCGGUUUGGGCACAGUGAACCAGUUGGGCGUAACGCUCGGCCUCCUGAUAUCCCAGGUUUUGGGUAUCGAACAACUGUUGGGCACGAACGACGGCUGGCCUUAUCUUCUGGGACUCGCGAUAUGUCCUGCGAUCCUGCAACUCGUCCUUUUGCCGGUGUGUCCGGAAAGUCCUCGGUACCUUUUGAUCACGAAACAGUGGGAAGAAGAAAGCAGACGCGCACUGAGAAGGCUGCGAGCGAAUAAUCAAGUGGAGGAGGACAUCGAGGAGAUGAGGGCCGAGCAAAGAGCGCAACAGUCGGAAGCCUCAAUCAGCAUGAUGGAACUUAUAUGUUCGCCUACGCUCAGGGCGCCUCUUAUUAUUGGCGUCGUCAUGCAAUUGUCGCAACAACUCAGUGGCAUCAAUGCGGUUUUGUAUUACUCCACGAGUCUCUUUUUGAGUUCCGGUCUUUCCGAAGAGAGUGCAAAGUUCUCCACGAUUGGAAUCGGCGCCAUCAUGACCAUUAUGACAUUGGUGUCCAUACCGUUAAUGGACAGAACGGGCCGAAGGACUCUCCAUCUCUAUGGAUUGGGAGGAAUGUUCAUCUUCUCCAUCUUCAUUACCAUCUCAUUUCUUAUAAAGGAGUUUUUCGGUUACGUUCAGGAAAUGAUCGACUGGAUGUCAUAUCUUUCGGUGGUGUCGACGCUGGGCUUUGUAGUAUUCUUUGCGGUCGGACCAGGAUCCAUACCUUGGAUGAUCACUGCCGAACUUUUCUCCCAAGGGCCUCGACCUGCUGCCAUGUCUAUCGCCGUGCUUGUCAAUUGGAUUGCCAACUUCGUCGUAGGAAUCGGUUUCAUCUCGUUAAAGAGCGCCUUAGAUAACUACACGUUUCUCCCGUUCAGCUUCCUGUUGGCCAUCUUCUGGAUUUUUACUUACAAGAAGGUCCCCGAAACGAAAAACAAGACCUUCGAAGAGAUACUUGUCAUUUUCAGGCAUGGAAAUUGUAGGUCAAGCUUUCGGGAUAGUCGCCUUUAUGGUGAAGCAAAGGCUGCAGAGAAUCCAAACAACUCCGAUACGGUGACGAUAUCGCAAAAGUUGUAGUUACAUUGACAAAACGCAGUUCGCUCCUUAAUAUUUUGUUUUUAUUUGUUUUUGUUAAUAAGUUUUUGUUAAGUAUGCCUGUUUCAAUUUUUGUUAUUACGCGUAUCGUGAAACGUACGUAUAAACCUAGUAUUACGUGAACAGAACAAUUUGAGUUACUGUGAAAAGUUUUAUUAAAUUUGGCUGCAGAUUAGUAUGUGUAUGUAUAAAUUUCUAUCUUUAUACAGUUACUAUUUUUAUGUAACUUUCAUAAAAAUUUUUUUCGCAUACACCUAAUUAUUUAUUGUAAUUGUUUGCUAUUAUUACAAAUACAAUUGAAAAUAGAAAUUCAUAUUGAGAUUGUGAAACAUAUUAAAGGUGCACAAAUAAAGAAAACAGUGAAAUUCGCUUAAAGUAACUCUGCAUGUAAUGAAGUAACUGUAUAUUAGAUAUUGCUUUUCAUAUAAAUAGGUUUAUACUUUAGAGAGACUCCGGUUAAUGUGAUCUACCGCUUAUAAUAUUACUGCAUUGUAAUAGAAAAAAUUCCAACAAAUGAGAUGUUGUUAUUGUGAUAUAAAAUCCUUUUUUUUUGUAUUUCUUUGGAUGUUAUUACAAGCGAAUUCUACUGUAGGUAACUAUGAUGUGAAAAUAUUGAAAUAAUAAAUACAAUGUACCUUUAGGUACUUACCAACUAGUCCAUUAAUUAGAAAAUGUUUCUAAUUUUAAAUAAGAACUAUGAUGAACAAAUGAUGUUAUUUUAAUUCGCUUCUAACUUACAUAAGUUGCUUAUAUAAGACAUUAUUUACAUGUUUUGUACGACGGAUAUAACGUACAGUGGCAAUAUAAGAGAGAUGUUUUAGUACUUAUAUAAAAUUAAUUAAUAAAAUGAAUCAUUCCAACGAA